AGACCAUAGCAGAAGCGCAUCAUUGUCGUCUGCUUGCCGCGCCGCUUUCACUGGCCUCUUGAUUUUUGAUAAGCGCGAGCCGCCCAAGGGAGAGGCAACUGUGACCGUCCCUUUGACGACAACAAAACCAACGCGCGGCCGACUAGAACAACGAAACGGGUGCGUUUUCAUCGCGGUCCCAUUUUCUGUGGGUCGCUUUUGUCUCGCGCGCAGCGUCCGGCCUUUUGUUACUAUUCACCGGGUUUCCAGCCGCAAAUUAGACAGUCCUUCUGCAGACGGGAUGUCAGAUCGCGUCGUCUGCUCUAGAUGUCAGGAGGACGAUCUGUGCGUUCGUCUGCUUCUGGUUAAGACUAGUUAGUACACGGGCCGAAACACGGCACCAAUGUGUUUACAGCGGAAGGAGUCUGAUUGUAAAAUGGACAGAAGGCGCUGAACGGCCGUAGGUCUGUCUUCCCUCGCACUAUCGAACAAGGCUUAGCACGGCUACGCCCGGACUCGGAGAUGUCGUCCAUAGUUCGCUGGCUCAGCGUCUGCUACUGCGUCGUAGUCAUAGCAGCCGAAGAACCAGACUGCGGAUUCGAGGUGCCUGGGGAUGACGUCACGCAGAGGACGGGGUCCGUAGUCUGGAGCUCGGUGUCGACCGACUCGGCCGUGCUGCCGAACAGAACUGCGAGACGCGACGAACGAGAACCAGACCACGGUGAUGGCGGUGCGAAAAACGUCACGAACGCCACGACCGCCACGGAUUUGCCGUUUCUACUGGACGUUGCCCCGACGCUCACGUCGUUAGUCGAGAGGGAUGAGUCUGUGGUGCUGUCCGUAGCGACUACGGAGGAGUCAACUACUUCGACUCCGGAUACGACGAUUGCGGAGGCGAAGCUGGAGAGGGACUUCUUGCAAAGGGAAAAACGACAAGAUGAAGAGGAGGAGGAAGAAGCGGAAAAGUUCAUCGCCAAGCCCGAGCCGUGCGACUUCGGACAGGCCGAGGAGUUGGGCAUGUGCGACUGGACCAACUACUUCAACGCGACGCCCAAAAUGGCCUGGAAACCCGGCAAGGGAGACACGGCGCUAUGGCUCGGGGGACCGAGGACCGAUCACACGCUAAACACCGGAGAAGGCGGGUACAUCUUCUUCGAGACGUCGUACCACGAGCGACCCGGUCCCAGCAUCGUCAGUUCCGGAGACACCACGUCGGCCGGUGGUGCCAGCGGCGCUGACGCUGCCGUGGCCGCCGGUGAGGGAAGCGCGCACACGCCGGCCCCCACGGCGGCUGCUCCGAUCACCACGCGGGCACCGGAGGUGCGCCAGUUCCUGUACGAGUCCGUGGUUCUCGCCACAAGGAACAUCACGCCCACGGGUCCUCAGGGUUUCUGCGUGAGCUUUUUCUACGCCCUGGAAGGGCUCAGCGUGGACCGUCUCAAGGUGGUCAUCAUGGACGCCGAGACGCAGGAGAACAUCACCGUGUGGGAGAGUCAGGACAACUACGACGGACGCUGGACCAAGGGAGAGGUGGCCUACACCUACGGGGACGUACAUCAGGUAUGGUUCGAGGCGGUGCCCAAGCCGCGCGGUGACCCCGCGCGCAAGUUCCGCGGCUACAUCGCCUUGGACGACAUCCUCUUCGACCGGAUGGAGGAGGCCGGCGACAACUGCCUCGGUCACUGCACUUUCGAAGGUGGCUACUGCGGUUGGCAAAACGCGGACACGGACGACGACUUCAACUGGGAGCAGGGAAGGGGCAGCCAGAGCUUCCUCACUGGACCGUCCAGGGACUUCAGCUCCUUCGGAAAGGACGAGAUGACCGGUGGGUACAUAUUCAUCGAUUCGAUGUUCCCGAGGAGACCCAUGGACCGGGCAAGGCUCAUCAGCCCAACGUUGAAGGCUACGGGCGCCAAUCUGCCCAUGUGCAUGCGAUUCGCCACGCACAUGUUCGGCAACGGCAUCGGCACUCUGAGGGUCUUGCAGCACGCCGAAGGGGCCGAGACGCCGCCGCGACCCAUCUGGGAGAUAUCGGGCGAGGCUGGCAACAGUUGGUACACGGCGCAGGUCCAGGUCGCCACCACUGAACCUUUCACGCUGAUUCUCGAGGCCACUGUAGGCGCAAACUCCCUGGGCAACAUCGCCAUCGACAACAUAUCCUUCAGAGCAGGCACGUGCCCGAUUUCACCGCAGACGGCUGCAAGAAAUUCAGGCGACUGCAACUUCGAGGAAGACGCGUGUGGCUGGAGCAACCCUCACCCGGCCGAUGGGUUGGACGAUCUCGACUGGACCCGCCAGUACAGCUACGGGGUCAACGGGCCUCCCGCAGAUCACACCAAGCGAAAGCCGGACGGAUACUACAUGAACCUGGCCAGCUCGAGCCACUUGCCCCAGCGGGGCGGCUCCAAGGCGUGGCUGGUGAGCCCCAAGCUGGGGCCGGACUCUGCGCUGCCCCGGUGCAUCUCGUUCGCCUACUACAUGUUCGAGCGCACCAUCGACCCGGCGGGGCCCAGCCUGGGCUCCCUCCGAGUUCACGUGCUGCGCGACGCGGCUCCGGGCCUCUUCUCGCUGCAGACCGUGUGGAGGCUCAACAACCACCAGGGUCACCGGUGGCUGGUGGCCCGGUGCCCCAUCAAGCUGCCCGACGGGAACCCUAUAAACGAGGCAUACCAGGUGGUUCUAGAAGGCAUCUGGGGCCACGGAAGGGUGGGCUACGUGGCAGUGGAUGACAUCAGCUUCUUCGAUGGCGACUGCAACACACAUCCGGAAAAGGCCAAGGCUAUUCCAGGCGAGUGUUCUUUCGAACGCGAUAUGUGCGGCUGGAUGAACUACACGGAAUCGGCCCCGACGACCAACCUGGUGGGGCGGGUCGGCUCGGCGCCCAGGGACUCGUUCGCUUGGCGGCUCGCUUCGGUGGUCAGCCGACCGGCGAACCUGCAGGACCACACCUACCGGGCACCGACCGGCUACAUCUUCUUCGACAUCUUCAACCAGAACUCGGUGCAGAACCCGGUGCUUCGCAGCGCCCCCAUCCCGGUUCUCGAGGGUCAGAGCGAGCGCUGCCUCAGCUUCUGGUUCGCGCCUUUCGGCCGCGGAGAGUCGUCCACGCUGAGCGUGUUUCACGCGCCCGAGGCGCCACCCGGCGGAGACGACGCCGGUGCGGCCAACGGCAACGCGGCGGCCCCGCGGACUCUGCUGUGGCGCCUGUCGACGCGUCGCAUGGACACCAGCCGGCCGGACUGGCGAUACGGCCAGGUCAAGGUGGCCGCCGAGGCGCCGUUCAAGAUCCACUUCGAAGGGGAGGCCACAGACGGAGGCUUCGCAUUGGACGACAUCACCAUGUACGAGGGGAACUGCGAAACGCGGCCACCUUCCGCCAUCAUCCCUGCUGCUCCGACAGACGUGUGAGCAGACAGUUCACGACCACCGGGUCUCAUGAGCGUCAGCAUAAAACGAACGUUU